UGAUACAGGACGCUUGUAACGAUGUUGCGUUUGGUGUGGUACUCAUUCUCAUUGUUUCCAUUCACUGUUCGCGGAUUGAGCUGGACCAAGAAUGGGAACGUUAUAAAUCUCAGUACCACAAAGCUUAUAGCCAUAACGAAGAAGUCGAUAGACGAGCCAUAUGGGAAAACAAUGUUGGAGUGAUAGAACGUCAUAACCUGGAGGCGGACCUUGGACAACACACCUACAGACUCGGACAAAACAAAUAUGCCGACAUGUCUCACGAGGAGUUUCAACAGCGGAUGACCGGUUAUAAGAAGUUCAAGAGUCAAGGCGGUCAGCUGCCGCUUGUCCUGAAUGUCAGCACCUCGGACCUGCCGGACACAGUGGACUGGCGCAAGGAUGGUUACGUCACGAACGUCAAGGACCAGGCAGCAUGUGGAGCGUGCUGGGCGUUCUCCGCCACCGGUGCUCUUGAAGGACAGCACUUCCGGAAGACGGGGAAACUUGUGUCUCUGUCAGAACAGAACCUGGUCGACUGUUCCCGGAAUGGUAAUCUUGGAUGUGAUGGAGGGAACAUGGCACUGGCAUAUGACUACAUUCGUCAGAAUGAUGGUAUCGACACAGAGGAGUCCUACCCAUACGUUGCCGAGCAAGGACCUUGCAAGUUCAAACGAGAAAAUGUUGGCGCGACUGUUACCGGUUUUGCUGCUGUUAUAUCUGAGUCGGAAGAUGCCUUGAAGAGUGCAGUGGCCUUGGAAGGGCCCAUCUCUGUAGGCUUGGACUCUUCACCAUUAACUUUCAUGCUGUACAAGAGCGGCGUCUACAGCUCCCCUGAAUGCACCAGCAGCGGCCUCGGCCACGCUGUGACUGUCGUGGGCUACGGCACACAGGAUAAUAAAGACUACUGGCUGCUGAAGAACAGUUGGAGCACCACUUGGGGCGAGGACGGAUACAUGCUCCUUGCACGUAACGAUGGCAACAUGUGUGGAGUGGCCACGUUUGGAACCCUGCCCCUUGUGUAGACGACCGUGACGACACCCAAAAUAAUGAGACGCCGUACAUGUAGUUGUUGUUGCAACGGUACCAUAUCUGUCCAGUAAUACCAUUCGAAGGUGUACAUCUUAGGUGAAUGACAAGUUAACUAUUGUGAACAUACACGGACAUCAAUAAAGAACAAAAUAGACAUGAUAAUAA